GCCCGGAAGGGCUCAGGAUGGCGGCGCUGCACGGUGACAGCGAGGAGGACCUGGUCAGCUAUGGGACGGGCCUGGAGCCUCUGGAAGAAGGUGAAAGACCAAAGAAACCAAUUCCUCUGCAGGAUCAGACUGUCAGAGAUGAAAAGGGAAGGUAUAAGCGAUUUCAUGGAGCCUUUAGUGGCGGUUUCUCUGCUGGGUACUUCAAUACUGUUGGCUCAAAAGAAGGAUGGACACCUUCCACCUAUGUGUCUUCACGACAGAAUAGGGCAGACAGAUCUGUUCUUGGUCCUGAAGAUUUCAUGGAUGAAGAGGAUCUUAGUGAAUUUGGGAUAGCACCUAAAGCAAUUGUUACCACAGAUGAUUUUGCUUCCAAAACCAAAGAUAAAAUACAAGAAAAGGCCAGACAGUUGGCAGCUGCCACUGCCCCGAUUCCCGGAGCCACUCUGCUUGAUGACUUCAUAACACCAGCAAAGUUAUCUAUUGGUUUUGAACUGCUAAGAAAAAUGGGUUGGAAAGAGGGACAAGGAAUCGGUCCUCGAACAAAGAGAAAGCCACGCCGACAAAAACCUGAUCCCGGAGUAAAAAUCUAUGGCUGUGCAUUACCCCCUGGAGGCUCUGAAGGAUCAGAGGAUGAAGAUGACGACUACUUGCCCGAAAAUGUGACCUUUGCCCCCAAAGACGUCACCCCUGUGGAUUUCACACCGAAGGACAAUGUGCACGGGCUGGCGUACAAGGGCCUGGAUCCACACCAAGCACUGUUUGGAACUUCGGCUGAACAUGUUAAUCUUUUCAGUGGAGGAGCUGAGGGAGCCGGCAAUCUUCUUGGAGAAGCUGGACUAAAUAAAGGGAGAAAGCUGGGAAUUUCAGGCCAGGCUUUUGGCGUUGGUGCCCUAGAAGAGGAAGAUGAUGAUAUUUAUGCCACAGAAACGCUGUCCAGGUAUGACACUGUCCUGAAGGACGAGGAGCCUGGAGAUGGCCUGUACGGCUGGACGGCACCCAGGCAGUAUAGAAAUCAGAAAGAAUCGGAGAAAGAUCUUCGAUAUAUUGGCAAAAUUUUGGAUGGAUUUUCCCUGGCUUCUAAACCUUUAUCAUCUAAAAAAAUUUAUCCGCCCCCUGAGUUGCCAAGGGACUAUCGACCAGUGCAUUAUUUCCGACCCGUGGUCGCCGCCACCUCCGAGAACUCCCAUUUGCUUCAGGUGUUAUCCGAGUCAGCCGGAAAGGCAGCGCACGAGCCAGCGACACACAGUAGGCACCAACUGAAUGCCUCCAAGCGGGGGGAGUUGCUAGGAGAGACGCCAGCCCAAGGUUCAGCAACUUCCGUGUUAGAGUUUCUGUCCCAAAAAGACAGAGAGAGGAUCAAAGAAAUGAAGCAGGCAACUGAGCUGAAAGCAGCGCAGCUCCAGGCCAGGAGUCUGGCACAGAGGGCGGCAAGCAGCAGAGCUGGGCCCUCGUCACCGGACGUUGGACACAGCUCUUGGCACGUGGCCCUGGGUGGCGCGACAGCCCCCGCCAGAGCCAGCAACUUCAGACCUUUUGCUAAAGAUCCAGAGAAGCAGAAACGAUACGAAGAGUUCUUAGCGCAUAUGAAAAAGGGUCGGAAAGAUGCCCUGGAGCGCUGCCUGGACCCCAGCAUGACCGAGUGGGAGCGCGGCCGCGAGCGGGAAGAGUUCGCGCGGGCGGCGCAGCUGUACACGGCUUCCCACUCGACCCUGUCCUCCAGGUUCACGCACGCCAAGGAGGAGGACGACUCAGAGCAAGUAGAAGUUCCUCGAGACCAAGAGAACGAUGUCAGUGACAAGCAGUCCGCUGUGAAGAUGAAGAUGUUCGGGAAGUUGACCCGAGACGCAUUUGAGUGGCACCCUGACAAGCUUCUGUGUAAGAGGUUCAAUGUCCCAGAUCCCUAUCCAGGUUCCACGUUAGUUGGCUUACCAAGGGUGAAGCGUGACAAAUACUCGGUCUUCAACUUUCUGACGCUCCCUGAGCCCACCUCCUCGCCCGCAGCGCAAGCAUCCAGUGAAAAAGCCCCGCAGCCCCGAGAGUCAAGGAAGCCGUCCAGAUGGGAUGCAUCUCAACAUGAAAAAAAGGAAGAUUCUAUUAGUGAAUUUUUAAGUUUGGCUAGAUCGAAAGUGGGUCCUACUAAACAAGAGCCUGGUCCCUCGGUGAACAAAGAGGAAGAGCGUGCACCGGAAUCCCUGUCAAAUAAGCCGGCAGAUGGAGGUGCGGACCUGCAGACUGAGGCAGAAGGGAGCCGCCCGCCCAUGGACCUGUUCAAGGCCAUCUUCGCCGGCUCCUCGGAGUCCUCGUCGGAGGAGGAAGAGGAAGAGGACAGCGAGGACGAGCAGGCGGGUCCGGCGGAGGCCGCCUUCGGAGGCUCCCAGGACACGGCCGUGGGGGAGGCCGCAUCUGUGGCCCGUGCUCCUGAGCCGGCGCCCCCGGAGCCCGCCCCGGCGCCCCCGGAGCCCCCGGAGCCCACCCCGGCGCCUCCCUUCCCGAUCCAGAAGAUGCGGCUGGAGGAGCGGGAAGAGUUCGGCCCGCGGCUGCCGCCCGUCUUCUGCCCCAAUGCUCGUCAGAAACCUGAGACUCCCCAAAAAGAGAAAUAUAAAAAGAACAAAGAAAGACACAAGCUCAAGAAAGACCACAAACGAAAGAAGGAAAAGAAAAAGAAACACAAGAAGCACAAACAUAAAAGCAAACAAAAGACUAAAAAAUCAGAGAAAAGCAGCAGUUCGGAGAGCACCGACAGCCAAGACAGUCAGAGUGACGGAGGGGGGACCCCCGACCUGUCCCCUCAGGAGCUGCUGCGACGGCUGAAAUGUCUCCCGCUAAAGCGGCCAUGACUGAAUCCUGCCCGGCCUGUCUCAGAGUCAUAUCCGCUCCGGGAAGGAAGCUCACCGAUUGUUCAGUGAACAAACACAUUGUACAGAUUGUAUUUAUAUGUAAAUUGAUGCUGUAAAAUAAUUUUUAAAACCUUGACAUUUGAAAGGUUGCAGAAAUUGAUUUCUAUUUUUAAUUUCAGUGAGUGUCAGAGGGAAAAGUUCAGACGGAGCAGUUUAAUAAUUAAAGUGGCAUUCUUUCCCG